AAAGACCUCUACAGGUCUCCAUCUCCCGUCUCCUCCCUCAGUACGGACACUAAUACUAUUGGCUUCGCUGCGGAGAAAGCUGGAUAUAAGGCCACUUUCGUGAGCCUUGUGAAGAAUUACUGUUACGAUCUCUUGAACAUCUGCUAUGGUGUAAACACCGGUGUCUACCACAGCAUAAGCACACUACUGAGUGUAAUUCUCCUCGCCUACUACCCGACCGACCAGGUGGCCAUCGGCUGGAUAGGCUUCACCAUGGUGAUUGCCGGUCUGAUUGGCUCAAUCGUCGCUGGUGUAGUCUUGGAACGUACUGGACGCUAUCGGUAA